AUGGAGCGUGAGAAGGAGGGACUGGCUACAAACAUACAAAAGUGUGAGGAGCAGUAUUAUAAGUUCCAGAUCCGUGAGGCAGAAACAGAACGUCUGGCCACCAGCUUUGGUUCGAAAAGGUAUAUUUUGGUCCACCACAUGAUAGAGAAGUUCUCCAUCUGUGCGGACAAGAUUACUGUUGAAGAUGAUUCCAGCACUGAGGUGGAUGAAGCAGUGUUUGCAGAAUUGUGCACAAUGCAAGGGAUUUGCUUUGUCAUCAAGGACUGUUGUGACAACGAUCCAGGCACAGCUCAGUCAUCAGCUCCAUCCACACCACUGUCCUCAACCAGCGGGAGUUUCUUCACUGUGUCCAUUAGUAGCAGCGACAGUGAAACGUCAAGACCAUCUAAGCGAUUGAGAACGGAUGAUGAGGCUUUUCAGAGUUCUUCAGCCAGAGACCUGAUAAAGCAGAUCCUGCAGACAAAACCAGGAGGGACAACAGUGCUUGAAGAAUAUGAAGAAACUGGGAUGUUGUGUGACAGUAGAAGAAGGCAGAUGGUUAACAUUCUUGCAGCACACAUGGUUGAGACAGAAGGGAGGGUCCCUCAGCGAUUCACUAAAGAGAAGUAUGCAUUGGGAAUUGUCACCUUAUUCCCUGCAUUAAAGGAUCCUCUAUCUAGGAAAGGCUAUAUACAUCAAGAUUUCAGUCUCCUCUUUGGACCAGAAACAUCUGCCAAACUUCUUGAGAAAUGGCAUACUUUCUGUAAAAGCAAGGUGAUCAGAGAAGCAGAGAGCCUGACUACAACACCAGUGCUCCAGAGUUUGCUGACGUCUGCCAGAAAUCAGGACAAUGAUGAUAAAAGGAAAACACCAAAGAUCAGUGCAGCUCAGGCUAUGGACCAUCUAGUUGUGUUUCACAAGUCAUGUAGGAGCCUAGACGAACACAUGGAGAACCAGGAGGGACAUCACCAGCCCUAUAUUCUUGCAUGUGGAACCUGCAAGCAGGACAUCAGCACUUAUUACGUCGUGAUAGACAAGAAGCUUAUCCCCUGCCAGGGAACCACGUCAUUGGCAGCUGUUGAUGAACUCUUCAAGGUGCACUUCGUUUUCAGUGUAAGUUAUGAUGCUGCUCUCAACAACAUGUACACAUUCCUACAGACAACAGUCUAUGGUUUGGAUGUUGACACGACUAAAGAAAGUCCAAAGGUGAAGGAAUUGAGAGCCAAGUUCAUGAACACAAGCUAA